AAGGAGCGCCGCCGCCUCUGCCGCCGCGACGGUCCGGGCCGUGGUCGCCCAGGGACUUUGAAUAUGUCGGGGAUUGCCCUCAGCCAACUUGCCCAGGAAAGGAAAGCUUGGAGGAAGGACCACCCUUUUGGCUUUGUGGCUGUCCCAACAAAGAACCCUGAUGGCACGAUGAACCUGAUGAAUUGGGAGUGCGCUAUCCCUGGAAAGAAGGGGACUCCAUGGGAAGGAGGCUUGUUCAAACUGCGGAUGCUUUUCAAAGAUGACUAUCCAUCCUCACCACCAAAAUGUAAAUUUGAGCCACCACUGUUUCACCCAAAUGUGUAUCCUUCUGGCACAGUGUGCCUGUCCAUCCUGGAGGAAGACAAGGACUGGAGGCCAGCUAUCACGAUCAAACAGAUCUUAUUAGGAAUACAGGAACUUCUUAAUGAACCAAAUAUCCAAGAGCCAGCUCAAGCAGAGGCCUACACAAUUUACUGCCAAAACAGAGUGGAAUAUGAGAAAAGGGUUCGAGCACAAGCGAAGAAGUUUGCCCCCUCAUAAGCAGCGGCCCUAUGGCUCCAUGACGAGGAAGGGAUUGGCUUGGCAAGAACUUGUUUACACCUUUUGCAGAUCUAAGUCGCUGCGUACAGUUACUAGUCGCCUGGGAGGGUUGAGCGGGCGCCAUUUUCCAUUUCCGCCACUGGCAUAUACAGUCUCAAUUCGCUGAAUUGCCCCAGUUUUUCAUACAGGGUCUCUUCCUUCAGUCUUUUGUAUUUUUGAUUGUUAUGUAAAACUUGCUUUUAUUUUAAUAUUGAUGUCAGUAUUUCAACUGCUGUAAAAUGAUAAACUUUUGUACUUGGUAAGCCCCUAGGAGCUAGUUUCUUCGCGCUCGGAUGCAGGCAUGCUUCCCACUGUUCAGAGCUCUGGCCUCCAGCUGGCUGUAUGACAGAACCACACUGUCCCUCCCUCCCCACCCUCGACCUCCUCUGAAACCUGGGCUGUUGCUUAUGAGCCUCAGAUCCAAAGUUGGCCAGCGUCUCCAUUCUGCAUCACUUCCUUUGUGUUUAUAUGGCGUUUUGUCUGUGUUGCUGUUUAGAGUAAAUAAACUGUUU